AUGGUCCAGUCAAAGCCUGGGAAUUCCAUUGACUUGGGAACCCCCGAGGUUAGCAGCUGGAGUCAAUUCGUGCAGCAGAUCCACCCUGAAUGUUCUUCAGGCCGGGCAAAGUCCGGUGCGGAGGAUCCAACAGCGGAUCGCCUCGGACUUGAUGCGAAUGCGGAGAACCACAUCCUGGGGCCUCUUAAAGUCAAAUAA